AUGGAUCAAAAUGCUCUCUUUGACUUGAAGUUCAGGGGACCCAAGUUCACUUGGGAAAACAAGAGAGAAGAUUCGGGUGAAGUUGUUCGUGAAAGAUUAGACAGAGUUAUUGGAAACGCCGUGUGGUUGAGCUCCUGGCCUGAUUCCAUCACUCACCACGAGCCAAGAAUUGGCUCGGAUCAUUGUCCACUAGUCCUAUAUACUCACCCUCGAGUGAAAAUAGGUCCUAAACUCUUCAGGUUCGAAGCAACUUGGGCUGAUGACCCAGAGUGUGAGGAGAUAAUCAAUACGAACUGGUCUUCUAAUCCCAACACUAAUCCCUUCAGUUUAUGGGGCUCGAAUUUGUUAGCCUGUAAGAGGAGCCUAUUGCAGUGGAGCAAGAGAAAAUACCCAAACAAUAGAGCCGUGAUCAAUGCUCUGAAUUGGGAAUUGGGUGAGAUACAAUCCGGGGAGUUUUCUCCUGUGGCAAGAACUAGAGAGAAGGAGAUUGUGGCUGAACUGGAGACUACUUGGAAACUGGAAGAGAGCUUCUGGAGGCAGAGUUCGAGGAUUAACUGGCUUUUGGAAGGAGAUCGGAACACAAGGUUCUUUCACUUAUCCACCCUUCACAGAAGACAGAGAAACAGGAUAAAUAGUAUGUGUAUUGAGUCUGAUAUUUGGAUUUCGGAGGAAGGUCAGAUCCGUGAGGCUUUCACUAGUUUCUUUGGAAAUCUUUACUCUUCUUCUGGCCCAAGGAAUUGGGGAAAUACUCUUAACAGUGUCGUCCCACAGAUUUCCUCUGAACAAAACUCAAAGCUUACUAGACCCUUCUUAUUAGAAGAGAUUCAUACUGCUACUAAACAACUUGAACACCAAAAUGCCUUCAUCCCAGGCAGACAGAUUCAAGACAAUCUCAUCCUUGCUUAUGAAGCUUAUCACUACUUGAAGCUGAAGAACUCAAAAUCUGAUCAUGAGCUUGCCUUGAAAUUGGAUAUGAAUAAAGCCUACGAUCGGGUUGAAUGGGACUUCUUGGAGGCACCACUACUGAAGUUUGGUUUUGAUUCUAAAUGGGCCACCACGGCAAAUUGCCAAACCCUGUGCUCAAUCAUUGAUACCUAUUGUGUAGCCUUGGGACAGUCGGUCAACUAUGAAAAAUCCUCUAUCUUCUUCUCUGCCAACACUCCUCCGAAAGCACAAUAUGAAAUUGCUGUUGUGCUCAACAUCGCUAUUUCGAAUGAGCCUGGUACAUACCUUGGUCUUCCAACCCACUGGGGAAAUUCCAAAAAGAAGGCGCUGACCUAUAUCAGGGAUAGGAUCAAGCAGAAAUUGGAUGGAUGGAACGCAAACGUCUUAUCCCAAGUUGGCAGGGAAAUCUUAAUAAAAGCAGUGGCAAUGGUUGUAAUAAAUUCUGAUAUCGCUAAUUUUUGGUGGGGAUCAAAUGGUAACAAAGGAACAAUUCACUGGAAGGCAUGGGAUUCUCUGUGCAAAAGUAAGUCGGAGGGGGUAUAG